AUGAGGUUACUACUCGUGUUGCUCUCAUGUUUCAGGCUGAGUGAAGCAGGGGCAGUAGAAUGGCAUCUGCAGAGAACAGAGCUCUCACAGCACUGCCUGGCCUCUCCUGAAGGGACAGAGAGCAGUGCAGUAUUAGACUCAAAGAAAUGCGCAAAAGCAGGCGUGCUGUGCCACCCUCAGGCCGACUGUCUCAAAGUGCAGACCGACUAUGUGUGCGUGUGCCAAAUGGGUUAUCAGGGCGACGGGACGGUGUGCAGUGACAUCGACGAAUGCUCCAGUGGACUCAACAACUGCCACUCCAAAGCCCGGUGCAACAAUACUUUAGGAAGUUACGUUUGUGAAUGUCUAAAAGGAUACACAGGAGAUGGACAAAACUGCCAAGAUAUUGACGAAUGUAUUAAGGAGAACGGAGGUUGCCACGAAUAUGCCAUUUGUACCAACACUGAAGGAGGGAGGAAAUGCAGUUGUAAAAAUGGAUUUACCGGGAAUGGUUUUUUAUGCAAUGACAUCAAUGAAUGCGCAAGUCAGCGAACGUGUCACUGGAACGCAACCUGUACGAAUAACCCUGGAUCUUACGUCUGUACCUGCAAUCCAGGUUAUAAAGGAAAUGGGCACUAUCUUUGCUUGGAUGUUGAUGAAUGCUCAGACACUCCUGAGAUUUGCUCUUCGUCUCUUGGCUACAACGGCUGCAAAAAUCUACCGGGGACUUUCCAAUGCACCUGCAGCACUGGGCUUGAAAGUAACGGACAAAUAUGUGAAGACAUUGAUGAGUGCACGACCCAGAGGUGCAGCUCGUACGCGCUUUGUGAGAAUACAAGAGGGUCAUUCACGUGCACAUGUAAGAAAGGUUUUGACGGAAAUGGGAUGACCUGCGUUGACAUAAACGAAUGCGUCGAUGGGUCAAACAACUGCGAUCCGAACGCCGCUUGUAUCAACCGACUCGGAACGUACGAAUGUUCCUGUCGCGAUGGUUUUCUCGGCGAUGGGCGAAAAUGUGAUGACAUAAAUGAAUGCGAAAACCAGGACCUUUGCCCCUCUUUCACAGAUUGCGUUAACACACCUGGAUCAUACUAUUGUGACUGUGGAGUUGGAUACGUCUUCAAUAGUUCCAAGUGCAUAGAUGUUGAUGAAUGUGAAAAGGGACUGUGUAGCCCUUACGCUACUUGUCAAAACUCAGCUGGUUCGUUUAGAUGCCAGUGCAAAACAGGCUAUAAUGGAGAUGGUUUUCGCUGUGUGGACAUAGAUGAGUGCUCACUGUCUCUUCAAUGCCACCCUAAAGCGAUCUGCCUGAACUUACCUGGCGCCUACAACUGCACUUGUGAGGCUGGCUAUAAAGGGGAUGGACUGACCAAAUGCGACGAUGUAGACGAAUGCUUAGCGGACAAUGGCGGGUGCAAAAACAAAGCAAGCUGCGUCAACACUGAAGGAUCUUUCUAUUGCGUUUGCCCUUCUGGAUUUUCUCUGAUUAAUAAAAUGACCUGCUUAGAUAUAAACGAAUGUGAGAAACUAGAAAAUCCUUGCGGAGUGAAUGAAGAGUGUAAAAACAUUGACGGGUCAUUCGAAUGCAAUUGUAAAGCUGGAUACUACCGCCCUCCAAGUAGUAAAAAUUGUGUUGAUGUGAAUGAAUGUGAAAAAAAACCAUGCCACAAGAAUGCAACCUGUCAGAACACCGUAGGUUCCCAUACUUGUAGGUGUAAUCAAGGAUUUGAAGGCGAUGGUAUCACAUGUGAAGAGGAUGGAUUUACAAAGUUAAUGAACCUCAUCAAAGAGAGGUUCACUGCAUUUGUCCACCACGUAAUGGGUACCUUCAUUGUUUUCCGCCCACUUCACAUUUAACUUGGCCCCAUUACACCGCUGCUUUUUAAAAUUCAUGUCAGUAACAGCUUCCUAAUGUAUAUUUCUUCCUAUAUU